AUGGUAGAGGAGAAGAGGGAGAGGGCGGAGGAGGCGUCCGAGAGCCCGCAGAAAUCUCCACGCCUGGACCCGCUGGCUGCGGCCGUGGCAGGUCCUGGAUGUAGCGACGCGCCUGCGUCUCCGACGGAGUCGAGCGACGAGUGGCCAUCGUCCGGGGAAUCGGAGGCGGGGACAAGCAGCGACAGUACCGGCGAUGGCGGGCGGUGCGAGCACAUACGCUUGGACCGCGAACUCCUGGAUAUGCACGUGUAUUAUCUCACGGAGCAGCGGGCGGUGCUCCGGACGUGCCAUCUUAGUAAGUGCAAGACGACCUGUAAGGGCAACGAAGGGAUGAUGAAGUGCAUAAACUGCUCCAGAUUCUUCUGCUCUGGGUGGCCGGUGAACAGGGAAAGCCCGCAGGAACAUGCCCUCUGGCACGCUGGCGAGAACACGCAUUGGGUUGCUCAGUGGUGCGAUGAACCGAAUUUGGGAUACUGCUUCUUGUGUGCGCGCGGUAUGAGGCUCAGUGACCGGAGCGAAGAUGACUAUGCAGUGGCGGCCAGAAACAAAAAGGAUCAGCAAGGACUGGGGGAUAGCGUUGCAAAGGAUGGCUGGGGAUCGGUGUCUGGCAUUGCAAAGGAUGGGUGCAAGCCGGGGGGCAAGAACCCGCAGAACCCUGAGAACACGCAGAAAUACCCGCACCUGGACCUGCCUGCGUCCAAGGCACCUGUGUUGUUGAGCGAGUCGCCAUCGACGGGGGAAGUGGAGGAGACCAGCGACUGCACAUACGACAUCGGGUCAUGCGAGCACUUGUUCAAGGACAGGGAGGAGCUGGAUGAUAUGGUGCAUGAUAUCAAGACCGCCGAGAAGCCCCCAGAGUGCGAGCAUUUCCUGUGCACGACCACCUGCACCUGGAGGGGAGCUGCUGCUAGGUUUAUGGUGUGCACGGAGUGCACCUCUACUUUCUGCACCGGGGAGAAGGGGGGCAUGGAAAAUCCGCAGGGACACGCCCGCUUGCACGCCACCAGGGACUACCAUUGGGUUGCUCUGUGGUACGAUGAACUGUAUAAGGGCUACUGCUUCGAGUGUGGGCACGUUCUGAAGCUCGGUCAGGACAAGCUGAGCGAUGAUGAGUGGGCAGCUCUGGCCAGAAAUAAAAGGGUUGAGCGGGCAAUGUCGGCCAGCAAUGGAUGGGAUGUGUGGCGAACGGUGCCCGAGAGUUAUGCAAAGGAUUUGUGGGCAAUAGUGACCGGCAAUGAUGCGUCUGGGUAUGCUAAUGGGAAUGGCUGUGUUAUCAGAGGGUUGCCGAAUCUUGGAAACACAUGCUACAUGAAUGCACUGCUUCAGUGCCUCCUUGCACUCGGUGAGCUGAGGACAACGAUUUUAGGACCGGGUGCUCGGCUGGGGAGCAUUGGUCUGCACCUGAAGCAAUUAUUUGUGGAGACAAGCAGCACAAAUGAUGCCAGGCACACGCUGGAUCCAGAGAUGCUAUUGGAAGGUAUGCGGGUGUUUAAUCCACAGUUCAAGGGCUCUUAUAUGCAGGACAGCCAAGAGUUUCUUACAUCUUUGCGCACUGCUUUGGAGGAGGAGACGAAGGACCUAAACAAAUUUCAUGGGGGUGCAGAGUUUCGUCCAAUUGGCAAUUCCAUUUUCGGGGGCUGGCUGCGUCAGACCUUAUACUGCAUAAGUUGCCCAACUAAAUCAGUUUUGGAUCUGCAAUUCGAUGAGCUCCAACUGGCACUGCCAUCAAAGGAUUGUCCAGCCAGAAGUGUUACGUUACCACCAAUGACCAGAAGCGGUGGAUCUCCGACGAAGACUCGUAAGGAACUAUUCCAACAAACCGACAAGACCGAUGGAGAAAAGAUUCAAACAAUUGCUGAAGGCUGUGAUUCUCAGUUUCCUGGUUCAGAAUUUGGAGAUGUGGCCAUGGAGAAAAUACCCAAGCCUUUGCAAGUUGGUAAGUUUAUGUGCUCCUCUAGCGAACUUAAAACAUAGAAUGCGGAACAGGCCAGCAGGUGUGGAAUAGUGAGAUCUAAUACAAGCUAGCUAUUUUUCUGAACACGGGAACAGAUGACACUUUUGGGGAUGGAGCUCUGGUGAUAGUUAAGCAGAGAAAAUUGUUAAGGCCAUUUUACAUAUGGAUUAAAGAAGUAGCAGCAAAGCCUUUGGGGUGGCUACGAAAAAUUGGGCUGGAUGUUUCAACAGUCUUAGCAUGGCAAAAGUGUUUGCUAUAGUGUAGUAGUUCGAAUUGACAUUUGAAGAUAGCUCAGGGUCUUGAGUCCUUACCUUCAUAAAAUAAGUGUUGCUCAAAAUGGUUGGUUAACUUAAGCGUGUAUGGUUAUUGUCGAGAAAAGAGACCUUAGAAUGUGGUGGUUAAAGAUUCUAAAAAUAUGCAAAGGAUGAGGGUUUCUGGUUGCAUGAUCUUGCUAAUGAGAUAAAGCUAAAUCCCUGUAUGCUUGAAUCUGCAGAUUCUACUGAAGUGGAGGAUGUUGCACACGGUCGUUUGCAGACUCAGAAGAAUGAUGUCCCGCGAGAGAUCAUUGAAGUGCCAAUAAAAGCUCUUGAUUUCAUUGCUAACUUGUUUGAUGACACUGAAGGAAUGGAUGAAUCAAUAGUAGAUCCUCACAGUCCAGAAGAUACUGGUCCACCUCCACUUGUUGAUAUAGAAGCAAGGAGAACACUUACUCAGUAGAACCUACUACAGAAGACAAGGGGAGAGCUCAGAGCAGUGAUAUUACUGAUGAUGAGGCAGUACAUAUGAACUCUGUUGCAUCGCUCGAGGACUGCUUGACACUUCUUUGCUAUUGUCCAAUGGGAUGGAAAUGUGGUAACUGUUCCAAGGUUGUUGAGCUUGGAGAUAAUAAGAUUCAAACAGUUGCUGAAGGCAGCACUUUUCAGAUUCCCAGUUCAGGAUUGGGAGAUGGGGCAAUGGAGAAAACCCCCAGGCCUUUGCAAGUUGGUAAGUUUAUGCGCUCCUGUACUCAACUUAGAAAGAAAUGGUGAACGUCUGAGAUCAUACAACUUUUGAGGAAAGAAUGCAGGAACAUGCGGAAUUGUGUGAUCUACUAGUAUUAUUUGCUAUUUCUCUGGAAACAAGCCAAUGGUACUUUUUGGAAUGGAGUUUCAUAACUAGCUAAGCAGAGAAAACUGUUAUGGACGUUUUACACAUGGAUAAAAGAAAUAGCAGGAAAAUAUUUUUGGGUGGCUACA